ACUCGAUUUGAACACUUCCUUUUAGUUGUCAACAACAAGUGUAAAGGCAAAGUGGGUACAACUAAGCUAACAGUUGUGAGCGGCAGACUGAAAGGAAGACUAAGAUUAAACAUUUAACCGAGUGAGUAUGAAGUGCUUUGUAAUGAGAGUCUUAAAUAGUCUCAAAUUUGAGUAAUUGUUUCUUUAUAGUCGUUACGUCUCUCUUUAAUACUACUAUCGUUAGCUAGUCAGUGUUGAUCAUUAGGUUAUCCUCAUACAAAUUCACCAGCUGCAGAAGUAUCAGCUGUUUACUGCUAAAUCACUGUUUCUUUGUUACCUGCUUCAUAUAUACUCCACACAGGAGCUGGAGCAUGUGGUUCGCUCACCUUGAAGCAGGUUUCAUCACCUUUGAAUAGCUCAACUAAGAGCUAACACCUAUUAUUAGAGAGGUUAUGAAUGUCAGCAGCUUGCAAACAUUGAAGUACAACAAAGAAAGUCCUCACUGUAUACGUUUUGAUUUAAUAUUUAUAGUUUGAAUGGCAUCGUGACUGAAACUAUGGUGUAGAAAAUCUCUUACAUAAUAGUCUCCUACCUUUGCACUCAGUGCUGAUGAAUGAAUGAAUGACUCAGAAACAUUUAUGAUGCUCCAUCUCACGCCUCUUCUGUAAACAGGUUUAACAGUGAUCCACACAGCAUGAGCUUUGCAAGAUUCAUUUGUUCAAUCUACAGCCAAGAGCAGCUUGUGAGUAUCACCUCUGCUUUGCAUGCUUAAAUGAAUAGGAAUAAUACUGAGUUGGCUUCUUGCUAGGAAAUGCUCUAUACUGCAUGGUUUCAUUGUUUUUAUUUGUCAUAGUUAGAAAACACUGAUACUUGAGAAUCAAAAUAAGGAUAUGUAUAUUAUAGGGGUGGGAGAAAAAAUUUACACACAUAAUUUUUUUAACAAUUUUUUUGUUUAACAAUUUUUAAAUCGAUUUUCAUGUUCGAGAAUUAAUUUUUUUUCUUCAAAUUUAAGAGUAAAUCUUAAAAAACUGACUUACAUGUGAUGUGUAUUUUUGGGGGAAAUAUUGUUCCUGGAACAGUCAGUAGACAAUCAUAAUCAUUCAACUGUUUCUCUGGUGUUAAAAAUGCAGACUAAAGAUUGAGAAAAUAGACAAUAUCAUAGAAUCGUAAUUCAAAUCGAAUUGGCACCCAAAACAUUGUAGAAGAAUUGAAUCGGGAGAAAAGCAUAUCGUCCCAGCCCUAGUAUAUUAUAUAUCCUUAAAUCAUGAUUUUAAUAAUCAUGAUUUCAACCAGGAUUUGCUGCAAGUGAAUAGCAGAGAAAGAAAGAAGUGGUGGUUAAAUGUACAGAGAUUAAGAGAAAAAAAUGCAGUGAAACUAAUAAAAUAAGAAGUUAUUUUCUGCUUUUUUCACUGCAGUAACUCUUUAACCUAUAAACAUGUUAAUACCACCACACAAACAUGCAGGAAGAUAAUGGAAAUGGUUUUUUUUAGCUGUUGAAGGCGAUCCUGUUCUCUUUUACCUGCUCACUCUCUUCAUUUUCUUGUGGUUUUUAGCUCCUUCUACAGAACGCAUGCUCUGAAUUAUGCCUGAUUUGUAGAAAAUACUUUAUUUAACUUAGACUUUUUUCUUUCAUUACAAAAACAAUACAUCAGAUAUUGGUCUGUGUUGAUUAUUCCAAUUUGUGCACACAUUUCUGCUCUAAAAGUUUUCCUUUUUCCUUCUUUUAGAUAUGACAAAGACUUGAGAGCAAAUGUGGAUUUAGUGAAGGCUGUCAUCAAUCCUCAACUACAUCCAUGUGUAUAAUUUUCUUCAAGUUUGACCCCCGGCCUGCGUCCAAAAAUGCCUACAGGUAAGGGAUCAACCCUUUCAACACACUUAUUUCACAACAUUGACCAUGUUUUGUGGUUGGCCUUAAAGUAAAGACACAUUCAGUACUGUAUGUUUACAUGACACAAGAAAAAAAUCAAUUUAUUGCAUUAGUCCAACUGAAACUGGACUUUGAAGGUAUGGAAACAUAUCAAGGAGAAAUCGCAUGAAGUUGGACUUUUUUAAAGUUGGACUAACACACUUAGAUAAUAUUUUAGGGGAGGGAUUUUUCUUUCCUGCUUGAAUGCAAUUAAAUCAGACUAAAUCUAGUCAAGGCAUUUUAUGCUUUCUCUGCGUUUUGCACACCAGCCUUUGACCUGGAAAUCAAACAGUGCAAAUGCAUCAAAGGAAUUUGGGUAGUUCACACAACCAGUAGUUUUACCGUGUUUUUACUCCUUCAUAUGAAACCAGUUUUCCUCUUGCUAAGCUGUUUGUGGAUUGUUUUGGUAUGUGAUAAAGAUAUAAAGAUAGCUAAGUAGUAACUAACUGAAGUGGCAGGAUGGUGGCUUCUGUGUGGACUUAGGCCUCAUUUUAAGUGAACAGUUAUAAAAAAGUUGAUACAUUAAGGUGGCAUACAUGAAUUCAAACAUACUUAUGACAGUUAUUGUCAGUUUUUUUUUAACCAAGUAUGAUGUCAAUAACUGCACACUGUAUCUUUACUGAUUGCUUUCGGCUGCAGGUACCUUUUACAGAUUAAAAAGAGGUCUUGAAUAACUUAAGAUAAUAGAAUAGAGUAAUUACUAACAAGGAUAACUUAGUACACCAUCCUCGUAGUAAUACUUGAAAUCUCUCAAAUAAUUCUGCAGGUGUUCGGUAGCCUUUUUAUGCAGAGUAUAAACUGAGUUAUUGCACCUGGAGCUGUUUCAGGGGAAGGCUUUCCAAGUAGGGAACUUUCCUCCUUUGAGGCACUAUGUUACAACAGCCUCAGACUGGUGUGUAAAUACAGUGGUGCAAAAGCAAACCUGAAAAAUAUUCAGUGUCUGGCAGCAAAUGUGAAAAAAGAGAAGAGGAUCAAAUGCAUUAUUUUUUUUUUUUUUUGUAUUGAGUGUUUAUGACGUUAUGCUGUGUGUGCAUGUGUGAGGAAAGACCCUCAACAUAUCACUCUGGAUUUUGGUGGAAAUGGGACUGAAAAUCAUGCAUCACAUUUCCUUUUCAUGCAGCUGUAAAAAUAACCUUACCCUGCUAGGUCUGAAUAUUUCCCUCAGUUUGCAUCAUAAAGCGUCAGGGAUGUGCUGAAACGUGCAGCUACAGAACAUAAAGAUGCUUUUCUCUGAAAGUCAAAGUAAAUAUAAGGAGAAAUAACCUUCCACUUGUGAAAUCAAGUCACUUCAAGUCUCAACACCACCGCUGUCACACUCUGACAGUGCUGCAAUGUUCUCUUUUUCAACUUGUUCCAGGAUUGACUUGUGUGCGUCUUGAAGCUUUGAGACUCAAAGUCUGGCAGUGAAGGGAAGUGAAAUCUCAUUUUUGUUGUAAACCUCAGGACAUCUGAUUCUCUGGGUGUCAGACUUUACCUGGGCUGUGUUUGUCGUUGAAUCACUUAAGAAGCUUCCUUUAUUCGGUACAUAGUUAUCUAUCCAUGUACUUAUGAAAAAACAUGACAUAUUUUUAUCAAAUCUACCGUUUUUAAAAGCCACACUGAUCUUUGAUAGCCCUCUGUGUGCUCUACCUCAGAGUAAAUGCUAAUUUUAUUCAGACCAGUGCACUGUAAGCAGUCAGGAUGAGUUUCAGGCUGAUGUUGAAUCCAGCUUAUUACAAUCCCCCUGAGCUGGAGAGUGAGCUCUUACCUGGCCGUAAUCCAUGUCUGUCCUUCCCUGUGGGACUCUGACCCGGCCUAAGGAGAUCACAGCAGAGGUGAGGUAUGAGCACUGACUCAGACAUGGACCCGGGGAAAGGUGAAAUGAACUGUGUCCUAAUGGGGUAAAAUUGGUGCUAUAUUUAGACCUCUGGUUGUAGAAGUUUUCCUGCACAGCAGCAAUGUCCAAGUCAAAAUUGAUGUGCAACAAUACUAAAGCAAAGCCGGAUCAAAGGAAGGGUCAGAUUUUCAUUAUUAAGAAUUAUUAUUACUCCCUCGCAGCUCAGAAUGACAGGAGUGUAUCUGCGGGGGUUAAAUGGGUUCAUUUUCCACACUAAUGGCUCAGUGAUUACCCACAUGCUGAGACUUCUGUAUUAUGAUGCUCAUUUUUUCCAGCCUGCAAUUUUUCAACUUUUCCAACUGGCCUAAAUUAGAGUCCUGCAGCAAUCAACCCUCCAGCAUUUUAACAUUACUUUGGCGAGUAGUGAUAGAACUUCUUUGGGGCCAGUUAAUGCCAAUUAAAUAUUAAGAGCUUCAACAGCUGUCUGCAGGCUGCUCUGCUCGUGGCAUCUGAAGACAUGCAAGUGUUUAUGAGGCUUUUCUGAAGUGGUUUAUUCCUGCAAGAGUACAGUAUCACUAAUGGCACUUUUAUUUUGUUACGAUGUGUGGUAUACUGUAAGUCCACUGACAUUUCCAACCUAGAACAAAUGAAGAACCUCCAAAGAUGAUUCUCCGUAGAAGCAUGAAUAUUAAUGGUAAAAAUCACUGCUUCUAUCAGGAUACAAUAGCAUAAAUAUUCUCAGGAUAAUGAUGUCACCAUUUCUGGGGAUUUGAUUGGAUUAGAGUCAGAGGUAAAGGACCAAUUUCACACAUAAUUAUGAUCCCAUUCAACAUGAGUUUAAUGAAAAGUUUCUUGACUUAAGCUGUCUCAGCUGGUGCAAGACCUCAAACGUUUGUAGAGUACAAACUUCUUCCUAAUUCAAAAUUAGGGUUUAAACCAGAUGAAAUUUGAAUUUAUGCAUAGCUGGUGUAAUCCACUGUUAAAAGCCACAGUUUUUAGGUACAGUAAAAGUAAAGAGUAGCUUCAGUUGCUGGAUCUUUGUUGAACCAAUCAAUAGAUCAAUUCAGAUCACUGGAUCAUUACAACUCAAUUGAGUAUGUUGUUCUGCGAUAUCACGUUAGCCGUUCAGCUGGAUCAUAAUGUUAGCCACAUGAGCAGCACACUUCCAGGGAUUACAAUAAAAGUGUGUCAGUCGCUCUGAUUGGUCCACACAGAAAUAUUCCCAGAAGCUGGAUCUCUCCUGUACAGUCUGAGGAUGAAUCCUUCUGGUUUUGCUCGUUCUUUCAUGGUUUGGUGUCUUUGUUUUUGCGCUGACGCUGCGUGAUAAUCGCCGGAUGGAUUGUCUAGAAUUUGUUCAGGACUCGAAGGUCCCCAGAGGGCAACUUAAACUGACUUUGACCCCCAGCUGAACCCCUGCCUCCAGGUUUUUUUUUUUUUUUUUUCAUUCUCUGACAAAAUAUCCAGACAUGUCCUAAUGGUAGCUAUAAAUCCAAUCUUAGAGCCCAUCAGCCAUCGUCUGAUGAAGGAUUAGCCUCUUAGCCUUGAAGGGUGUUGACCAGUGUUUCUGGGUAAACAAGUGUAGCCAGCUGAUACAUAUCUGGAUGACUGAUGUGGGAUUUAUGGGCUAUGACUUCCUCCUUUAUGUGCUGGUUAUUGUUGAUGGUCUAACAAGCAACUUGUGGUGUAAAAUUGACCUUUAAUACAUGAAUGAUGUUUUUAACCUGUUUUAUUUGUGUAGGUAAAUGUAAAUAGAUGUCAGUUUUUAGAAAUUCAUACAACUUAAUAGUUAACCAGUGAUAGCCAACAGACUCAGUGAUUAAAUUACAGGGCCAAGACUUUUGCUUCUCCCUCUAAAUUUUACCUGCCGUGUCACUGAAGCUGGAAAAACCUGAAGAAAUUCCACCAUCAUGUCUUUUUGUGGGGAUAAAACCAGAUGGAAGUAGGGCUGGGCGAUAAACCGGAAAUUUGACGCAAACCGACAUCAUUUUGCUCACAUCUGUACGGUUGGUGUCAAAAAAUAAAUAAAUAAAAGUUGGUUUUGGAUGUGUUUAGGUAGGCUUUGGUCUCAUGUCUCUUAAAAGCGCUGUCCUACGUCAGAGACGUGACUCCACCCCAUCCAGUCCGUAACAAAGAGGGAAAGACAGGUGAGGAGAUGGAGGACAGUUCAAAAGUUGUAGUGGCUGAAGUAGACAAAGUUGUGGGAGGGGGUGAGCAGCUUGUGGAGUAGUUAUCGUCCAUUUAUCGUUAUCGAGGUGAACUGCUCAAUAUAUCGUGCUAUUGAUUCGAGGCCGUAUUGCCCAGCCCUACAUUUAACUGACUUUGGGCUAAAGAAGGCUUGUCUUAAAUUAAAUAAUUUAUGAAGAUGAAAUUUAACAUAACCGUAAGAAUAGUUGAAAAAGUAUCAGGACAACGUGAGCCAUGAACUCCAUGAAUACAUCAUUCCAAGGUAGCGGGCUCCCUCUGCCAUGAAGCCACUUUGUUAAUGAAUGAAAAAAGAAAAGAAUCAGAGUUUAAUAUUCAUAAAGAGCUCUGAGACGCUCUUCUUAUCACCAUCCCUCCAACAUGAAACAGGUGGCUGUCUCUGCUGUGAUCACAUUGCGUUUUCCUCCUCAGGAUCCGAUAGCAGACGCUCCAUCAUUAAAGUUAGCUUUGUUUUCUGUAGCAAUGGUGGGUCACACAGCUCCAUGGGAACAGACUAUCAUUAGCCUCUGAUUCAAAGAGGUCGACCCCUAUUAAAGCAGUUUGGUUUAUCUGUUUGCUCUUAACAAGAUCCAAGCCUCCCCCAUCCUGAAAGAUUAAUCGAGGGACCAGUGCCAGGCUUGGAGGGAACAUGCAGCUAUUAUACAGGUCAAUAAAUGUCAUUUUGCUGUGGCUUGUGUACUGUGCCCAAAGGCUCUCUGAGUGACUCUCUGCAGUCUUUAAAUCCAUAUCUCAGAUUCUAUAAAUAUCAAACAAUUAGUUUAUCAGUCAAAGGUGAAUACUCGUGUGUGUGUGUGUGUGCCUUGCAUAUUUAUUUUCCACCAAAUCCACAAAUCUGCAGAAGGAUUUCUCGUUAAAAUGCUCAUUCAUAUUCAGAGAAGUCUCACAGUGAAAAGUGAAAGGUCAACUUUUUCUCAGAGGAGGGGAUGAUGAUUUUUCCCUGUAUUUUAUAUUUGUUGAAUGGGGUGUUUAGUCACAGGCAAGUUGACUUUGGAUGUGGUGAUAAGUGGGCGUGAAAUACUUUACCAUGAAGUGAUGCUGCUCUUUUAACUAGGGUUUCUUUGGGGAUAAAGAUGGUGUCAUAACACCUGGAAAGGUUACCAGUGAGACGCACAGGCACAGGCAGCUCUGCAAAAUGAAACAGUUUAUUUACAUCUGCGGCAAAUUUAGACGUUCUUUUCUUCCAUGGAGUUACUGCGACACCUGAACUCUCAGUGUAACUUCUGUUUUUUCUCCACACCUUUUUUAGUUCCACAUUUGGCAGAAACUCAGAAACUCAAAAGUGUACUGGAGAGAGAGAGGGGGGAAGAAGCGCGUAAAUCCCCAGCCCGUGAUAAUACACUUGCAUGUGUGCAGAAUUCACACACAUGCACAUGCACACAAAAACAGCAGCAGAAUUCUAAAAACCACUAUCAUAACACUGCAGUCUGUACUGUACAUGGACAUAGUGUCAGCGAGGUCACCCGUUUGUUCCCAAAGCAGAGUUUCUAAGCCUAUUGACGACGGUCGCUACAUGGGAAUCGCUGACUAAACCAAGCUUUUGGUUGACCGAGCAAAAGGCAAAUUGGUGGAGGUGAAGCUGCAGUGUGUCCAGUUCAAAAAGUCAGCUGUGCUAACCUUAAUGUCUUAAAAACUCAUUGGAUAUUACAAAGUUAUGCUCCACACAAUUGUGUUUUUAAUUUUGAAAAUACUUGGAACUGAAAGUCUUCAAACUGUUUCCUCGGCUGUGUCAGUUUAUUAAAAAUCAGAAAUAAUGGGUAGGAAUUCAUUUUUCCAAAAUAAAAGAUAAAAUCCUUUGGUUUAUAUCAGAACUAAUGCUGAGCAGAAGUUUCACUAUGUAAUGUAAUGUGACAAGACAUGACAAAUGUUGCAUACUCAUUAAAUAAAAUAUUCAAAUGUGCCUUCAUGCCCUUUCUUAAAAUAUAUCCGCUGAAUUUGUGUGUGGCUUGAGUGUUGGCAGUUUUGUCAGCGGCAUUUAAUUAAAAUCAAAUAUGAUGUCAGACUUGUUUGGAGGUCAUUUAAAGUUUUUUUUUUUUUUCAGUAAAUCACCAAAGUUGUCAUCAGACGUCAAUUAAAUUCUGAAACGGGGCUCCUGCCGUGACCAAAUGAUUCAAUAUGCAUUUAUUGACUUCAAGUUUUAGCCUUCACAAGAUGCAGCAACAUAAAUAGCAACAAAACUGUAGUUAUUUAGAUAUUGUAUAAAGUCUUCAAAGACAUAAGUGAGAAAAAUCCAUGCACCAUGUUCUGAAACUGGAAGCACUAAACUGCAGGUUAAGUCCUCUUGCAAAUUCAUUUUACUUGUCCUUGUCUCUGUUAAUCUUGACGCUUUUUUACUUCUGUAUUUUCUUGUCCUUUUGAUGUCACAUUCCUUUUGAUGCUCACGGCUUUGGUGGUCAUCAAAGAAAGUCCUCAUCUUGUAACCUCGACCUUUUGUGUCACCUGUAUCCUGCUCAAUCACUCAGUUAUAUUAUGUUGCUGAAAGACUCUUGGACACGUUUCAGGCCUUUAUGGAGCCUAAGCCAGAGAGAAACUCAGGUUGUUGCAGCAAAUCUGUAACAGGAAAGCUUCAAGUAGUCUGCCUUUGUCUACAGAAAAACAAUAUCACUUCUCUCCGUUUGUCUGCAGGCUAAUUUUGGCUGCAAACAGAGACGAGGUCUACAACAGACCGUCCAAAGUUGCAGACUUCUGGGGGACCAACAGUGAGAUCCUCAGCGGUGAGUCUUCAGAUCUUUGACACCCUGUUUCAGUAGCUAAACCUGUGUUAAACACUCCUUGUGUCCUAUUUAGAGUGGAUAAACAUUAUCUAUUAUGGCUGUAUGUAUUGCAAAGAGUGCUUCUUUACAUUACAAAGCAAAUAUUAAAGGGAUACUCUGGCGCAAAAUUAAUUUGGGGUCAAACACACCGCAACACCGAGUUAGACACCCACUCGAGAGAUGAAUGUUGCCGACCGCUUGCUUCUCUUGUUAAACCAACUUAAGUAACGACUGCACGAUAGCAAUACACAGCGGUUUGAGGAGCCAUAAACAAACAUCAAUUAAAACACCACUCUAUAGCCAUAAAUAAUGCUCAGAACAGCACCUAACUUCAACAACAGUACAUGUAAGGUCCUAGCCAUUAAUUUUAAAUUAAUUUUACGCCGGAAUAUCCCUUUAAGUUAAUCCAUUGACUGUCAAUAGUAGAUGUAGACAAAGUUUCCAGUGUCUAUCAGUGAUCCCAGGAUGAGACUGUGGACUCAGAACAGCUUGAACUAAACCAGAGGGACGUCUGCUGAGCUCAUUUAGUCAAGUAUAAAAAAAUGAACACAUACCAAACAGGAACAUUGUUAAACCCAAUGGCAGUUGCUUUGUAGCAUUGCAACAGUGGGUGAGGCUACUGGAAAGCUGUCCAAUUGAGAGAGAGUGCAGUCAUGAGGAGGGGGAGCCGGUUAGGGUUAGUAUGGAGCCUGAAAAGGAACCCAAAACUUAUCCUGAUGUAUUCAGACCCACCAGCUGGAUUGUAAUCAUGUUUGCAGGCGUGUGGGUCUGGAACUGGCUCUUUUAUUUAAGAAAGGGGGCAGGUUUUGUUUAACUUGGUGGAUUUUGUGCUGAUAUGAACAUGCAACAAAUACCUUUUGAAUGACCAUUUAACUUCACAGCAAAUUUUAAUCAGUUUUAGUUCAGACCUUUUUAAUCUACAGAGUCAGAGGGUUUUCUGUUCUAGCAAGCGCGCGAUUAUCACAUGUCUUAACCCUCCAAAGAUUUAUUCAGAGUAUUUUAUAUUUUCCCAGAAAAGCUUUCACGUCGGUGUACAUGGAGAACACUCUCUGAUAACAAAAUGUCUCUGUUGUACUGGCCCAAUAAUGUCAAGAAAAAGCUCUGUCCGUCGAGCCCCUGUGUUAUACAAAGUUGUUGUAGAAGAAGCAGACAGAUUUGAGACUUUUGACCUGAGCAGGAUUGGCUCUAUGCUUUUUAGCUGUUUCUGACAGCAGCUCCUCUGAAGGUCUAAAUGUCUUUCAAUAAUGUAAAAAAAAAUCUAUCUCCUUCAGCCUGGGGUCCAGUGCUGCCCCACUGCAUCACAAGACAUCCCCACCCGCAGUAAACUAUAUUUAAUUGACUGAUGUCUAAUACACAUUACAGCCGAGGAGAGGAAAUCAAUCAUCCCUUUUUUCUGCUGAAGAAGGAAACGCAGCGAUAGCCUCGUUGUUCAUCCGUCUCCUUCUCCCCCUGUAAUAGAGGGGUCAGGACUCCAGUUGUGGGCCUUUAAUUGAUGGGUGCUUUUAUGCGAAGUGACAAGAAUAAAUGGCUCUGUCUUAUCUGUGGGGCUGAGGGGUGUGUGGAGGCAGGGCCCAGGAGGAGAUACAGCAUGACGAGGAGGGAAGUAAGCUAUAGCUCCCAGUGGGAUCAGGAUGGCUUUCCAUCCGCCCCCCAGGGGAGAGGGCCCACUCUGCCCUCUUGGUCAGUGUCAGUGUAAGUGGACCUGUCUUUAUUGAUCACUAGGAAGUGCCGCGGACAUGAACUGAUUCACCUUUUCCUAUAUCCUGUGAAGAAGAGAAACAGGGAGAGAAAACAAGAGGUUCAAUAUGAAAUUGAGUUUAUUUCAUGGCUGCAAACCUGCAGAUUUCCUUAUUUUAACUGGAUUAAAUGCAGGCAAGUUUUGGGUCAAUAUUCUGUAUUUUUUCUGUAUUUUCUUUAAAUAACUAGAUUUGAUGCUUCAAAAACUAAUGAUAGAUCUCUAAAUGAUGGCUUGAAGCACCAAUACAGUACAUGUCUAUGAGCGGUUUUGGCCUAUUUGAGAAAAAAGUCUGUGAAGCCCACAUGUUGAGAAUGAAAAUUAUCUGAGUAGACAUCACACAGUUAAGAUACGUGACUUUCUACACCUUCAAGCUGACUAAACGGUUUUUGAAAUGCUUGUGAUGUUUAAAGUCUUGGACGUCACCAGUCACAUGACGUUCCAGCUUUGACACUUCAGAGUGAAUCUGUGCAGUUGACUGAAGUAAUCAUUCAACCACCUCUACCACAAUCCAACAACCAAAGUUAGAAGGACCAUAGAGUCUCCUUCUAAACUAGCACCUAACCAGAGUACUUCUUGAGAGAGAGAGAGAGAGAGAGAGAGAGAGCAUGCACAAAACGUAUGAUUGUAAAGCCCUGCAGAAUCAUGAGAAUUGACUUAGAAAUUAACAGGAAUAUUUUACUUUUGCAGGAUUUAUUACUGCUGAAAUUGUGGAGUUUCUAAUCCCACACAUCAUGCUUUACCUCGUGAUAAAAUUUUGGGAAAGUCUCAGCUGUAUUUUCAACUCUAUGUCCUUGUUGUGCUCACCAGGCCUGGACCUUGAGUAUGGCAAAGAAGGAGGAUCAUGGCUGGGGAUCAACAAGCGUGGCAAACUGGCUGCAAUCACCAACUACAUGGAGGGGCGUCCAAACCCUGAUGCACACGGAAGAGGUAACACAGUUGUAAAUAUGCAUCCUGAAAACAUGUCAGAUAAAACCUCCACUGCCUAUUUUAUGAAGUAUCUGGUAUUGCUUUCACCUACAAAUACAUUUCAAGUGUAUUUUCCUCUUUACUAAUAAGGUUUCUAAAGCCAUUGAACCUUUGCCUUUUUGCAGGGUUUCUUGUGUCUAACUACCUUACAGACAAGGAUCAGGACAGCUACUCCUACCUGAAAAAGGUGUCGACAGAAAGCCAUCUGUACAACGGCUUUAACCUCAUCACAGCCGAGUUCAAGUGAGUAAAAGGUGUGGUGAAGUUCAGCUGACAUUUAGCUGAGAGCAGCUGUCUGCUCAACAUGAUGUAUUUAGCCAGCUGGAUUUUAUGGAGUCGAGAGGAACAUGUAUAUGGCCAGAGAAAGAUGUCAGGUGUCUUCAUGUGUUGUUUUGCACCGUGUGGGUUGGGUGUCAUGAAGUGAAACAGGCAGGUUUUUGUGCACUAAUGGGUUUUAAGUCUGAGCUUUUAGUAGAAGCGUGUUGAGAUUGGGCUGUUGCUUUGCUCCUUUGAGUUCUGGCCUUACCUUGGAAGGAAAUCGCAAAGGUACUGUCUUCAUCGCUGGAGUGCAAAACAGGCAAAACUGAAAAAGAAAUCUGUGGAGGAGCCUGCAUUAAAAUUCAGAGGAAGUACCUGUUCGUGUUCAGGGUUUCAGACAAAGAAAAUCUCGACAGCGUUAAAAAUAAUGAGGUUUUAUUCUGUAUUUUCUCCUUUUUUACCCACUGGUCUGACUUCACUGAAUGUGGUGAUCUGUUUAAAGGGAGAAAAUCAAAGUGGGAUCAGUGCGCACCACAAGAUAGCUGUAAUGGCAGAGGCCCCUGUAGACAAUUGGCAUGGAAACAGGUCUUAGUUUCUGCCAGAGAGAGGCUGGAGGUUUAGCUCCAACACACACCCGUGCCAAACAUAGUCCCUGCUCGGGGAGGAAGAAAAUCAGGGUUUCCACAGUGGAAUUUGGUGUCAUGAUCCGUGUAUCCUGGUAACAUGGCCUCGAGCAGGAUCUCCUCUCAGGAGGGAUUUUCUUCUGCGUUCACAUCUCUUCCUCCACAUAUUUUAGCAUUUCUUUAAGGUCAGACAAAAACAAUGUUUUCCUGCUGUAUAAAAUUAUGAUGCCAGCUCGCAAUCACAUGAUGCAGUUUAAGGGAACGUGACUGCGAACACUGUCCCCUGCAGGCUCAAACAUUUACAGCCGACAGCACCGAGUCCUGGUUGACACAUAUCGAUUGAGCGAGCGCUGUUUUAAGGGUUAAGUCAAUUCACAAAUGCAUUAACACAGAUGCAGUAAUUUUUAGUGCUGUAGUCAACUGAAGCUUCGUCGACUGGAAUUACACCCACUCAUCAAUCAACUUAUCGCUAGAUCAACCAACUUGGUGAAAAGGUGGUCAGUGCACUUAGGCUGGUAGUUGGAAUGAACUUUAAAGUAACCAUAACAAGUUUAAGGUUCAUAAGUUGUUUUUUUUGACUAAAGAGCCGACUUAUGUCCAGAUAAUAUUACUCAAUGCAAUUAAAAAAAAGUGCACAGUGAACAAUGACAUUAUUGCAGGUAGUUUUGAUGUGAGACGAGGCUGCACAUCCAGCUUCUCUUCGGUGUAACUGGUGCUGACACACCUUGAAGUAGGUGAAUGUGCAAAAGGGGGAUGUUCCUGCAGUGAUAUUUAAAAAAUCAGGCUGAACAUACUGAAACAUUCCAGUUUGUAAGUGUUCAUACUCAAAGUCUGUGGAGUUGUACGCAUGACAAAUGUCAAGCAGCAGACUUCCUUUACAAAGAAAAAUCCUGCACUGCUGAGACCAAAGUUUACUCUAGACUUCAAUUUCAUCGUUUCUAAGAAGUUGCUGCCGCAGCGAUGACAUUUUCUAAUAUUGUAUCAAUUAAUUGGAGUCUACAUAGUGUGCCUUUCUAUCAUCAGUCGCCUCUAGGUGAUAGGGUUCAAAGACAUUACAGCCGUUUCGCCUUUCUGUCUAUUUAACCACAUAAUAAUGAAACAGAACGAUAUAUCAGGUAUAUUUUAAUAGUUUAGCUAAUUAUUAGUGUUUCCAACUCACUGUCCCUCAAAUAUUACCGAGGUCUCCUUCCCACCUUUGCAAAUACUGGAUUAAGCUCAUCUCAUGUGAGAUUGUCUGACUGCUUGGAUAAAAGCUUAUCAACUAACCAAAUAACAGUGGGGGGGCUGCAUGAGUAACUGGAGAAUUGUCAGUCCUCCCAGGUCCCAGGUAUUUAGUAUCAGCAGCACAAAGUAUCAGCUAAUAGCAGCUGCAGUCCAGGAAUGUUGGAGCCUUUGAAAUCGCUUUUUUCUCUGUUCCCGACAGAUGAAACGGCUAAAAGAUAUGCAGAUGUCCUUGUUAACUCCAGGAGCUGUAGUUGCACCCUCACUAUCUCAUAUGCAUUCCUCUUUAAUGUGGCGACAAGUUGCAAACCCCCAUACUCAGGAGACACCAGCAUAAACAUAAACAAACUGUAUGUGUUAUUCCUGCAAAAUGCCUGUCUGAUGGGAGCUGUGUUUGCUGCAGAUAGGGACGAACACAAUAUCCCUCUAAUAAACACAGUCAUUACCAGCUGAUAUGUUUUCCACCGUGUCCGGCAGCCCAGAGGAAAUAAGAUAUCCAGUUUCCUCUGGAUCAAUAGUUGCACCUGAUGGACACAGAGAAGCUCCAUAUUACAAUUAGAGGAUUCCUCACCCGUCAUCAACUAUAUAGAAGUGAUUUAUUUAAUGUAUUGGGACUUAUAUCUCAUAGCUGAGCGCCUCCAUGAGAGAGGAAUAAGAACAGGGUUGUAAACGAACCGCUGAUGCCUUCGAUUUUGAUCAGACCGAUGUUGUAGGAUUGUAUGUGUAAAUGAUUUAGUCAGCGGCAGCCAUGCAUUUACCAAGCUUCUCCUCAGUGGAGCUGAAACCAGUAUAUUUGCAGUAUAUUUAAAUUCUGAUCAAAGAUAUUCUCAGUUUGAUGCUUUCAUGAUUCGAUAUCAAACAUUUUAUCCGACUCUCCUAUAGAUUCAGUUUCUGGAUCUCACUUCAUGUCACUCCCGCUUCAAAGUCAACGCCCGGAGAUUAUCCGUUUUAAUGAACCUCCCCUCUGAUGUUUGCUUCGCUUAGCACACUUUCUUACUCAAGCAGAGUGUGGCUGCAUUAUAAAAACAACUGUGGAAAGGGGUUCGAUCUCAUGGCCUCAAACCAUGUGUUGUAAUUCUUGGCAGAAGCUUCUUUGAGCUGAACUAGAAAAACAGCGUUGUUGGAGAUAUGCACAUUCCAGAGUAUCAGGGGUGGAUGAACUCUGAACAUUUUGAAAGAGGAAAAACUAAAAGUAUUUCUUUCCUGAACGAUAGUGAGAUUACCUUUGGGGAAACCACAAUCUCUUACAGUAUAACAGAACACCGUUUUUUUUUCACUGAGCAGCAUUAGGUGUGGAUUCGCACUAAAAGGCUCAGAUACAGCCUGGAUUGUGCAUUGAGUCAAUCCAGAUGUUUGCAAACUGCCUCAAAAACUAAAAUAAUGUUGAUAUUGGCUUCACAGUUUUUAGUAAAGGGUCAUGUUAUACAUCAGGACAAAACCAAAAUCCCAUAUUUUUUUCCUGCUUCUGACUCUGUUGGAAGUCUCUUCAUCGGCUUAUUUUGAGAGGCUCGCUCUUUGAAAUGAACACAUUUGUAUUUGGACAUAGUGCUGGACUCUUUCUUUGUCUUUAUAAAGUCAGCAGACACCCUUAGGUUACACACAGUAGCUGAUGUUGAGAACAUACUAGCACAGCAUGCUCAAAUCGUGUCACUGCUGACUCAACUCAACUAUUGGUCAACCAGAGGGAGGUCUUAGCCUCCUCCCAAAAAGCUACAGUGUGACUAUUAAUCAUGUCAGAUGUGCCUCUGAUUCACCUGUAUUUAAGAUAACGAGUUCAUAAAAAUUUCCACACAGUUGGAGACCUUAAGCUAUUCAGACCUAAACCUGUUGUUUUUUUUUGGACCAAGUUUUAGUUUGGGGAUUUUUUUAAAGUGGACGUUAAGAGAACUGCAGCUUUAGCAUUAGGGCUGUAAUCAACCAAAGAAAUUCUUGGUCGACUAAAACCCUGAAACUUUCCACCAAAUAUCGACUAAAAGCCUUCGACGAUGACGUCCUCACCCUCUGGAAUUCACUCCCUAAACCCAUCCGAGACUGUACAGACCCCCAUACUUACAAAUCACUCCUAAAAACACACCUUUUUAAAUUGGCUUUUAAACUAUGAACUGUUCUUUUGUUGUCUUUUCAUAUUGUGACUCUUUUAACCUUUUACAUUGUUGGUUUCAUUUCUUAAAAUCUUCUGUAUUUAAAUUAUGUUUUUUAUUUCAUUUUUUUCUUUGACAGGUGUCUUUGAGCACCUCUAAAAGUAAAAUAAAAUGUAUUAUUAUUAUUAUUACAUUUAUUAAUUAUGGGGGGGGGGGAUUCCAGAAUGAUCUGAUACUGGUAUCAUUCAGGGAAAAUAUUCAGCAAACUACCGGAUGUUUACUAACAUGGACGCUCUUCAGUCUUCGUGUCUCUAGUGAAAACAAGGGGGGUGUUCUGAGACAGGCUGUUACCUUUGAAACAGGGGUGCUCUGAAAACACCCCCAUUAGCUCUUGGUACGUUCCUCCUGAUGAAAUUUACCACUCAGCACAUAUCAACCAAUAAUUCGACCAGUCGACUAGGACUAUACAGCCUUACAUUUUACAUUCAUUUCUUAAGGCUGGAGGUUUCUGCUUGGUCAUUGCUCUUCAUUGUAUUAACAGUGCUGCAUGUUAGUCCCCACUCUCUCUUCACAGUUUCCCGCACUGUCCUCUGGAUAAAGUCAUAAAAGCCCAAAUUAGAGCUGAAAAAAGGGGAGUGAGGGGCGGUGUCUUCUAGUUCUGACUGUAAUCACUUAUCAUCUCAGCUGUUGACCAAAGUGAGAUGUGGGAGGAUGGAAAAGCAGAUGAGUAGGCAGGAAAUCUCCAUUCUCUGUAUUCAUUACUUUGGCGUCAAAGAUAUCUGGACCAAAUUUCAUGUGAUUUAUCUUGUGGUUUUGAGAUAUUUGAACUGACUCACACAUUUCUAUCCUCACAGCCACGAGGCUUGUACAGCUUAUAAUGAUUGAUAACAAACUCCAAACAAAGUGGAUGUUCCUCUGCUUCAUGCUUUUAGUACCGUAUGUGGGUAUGUGCAUAUGUGAGUGUGAGUGUGUGUGUAGGAAAGUACUUGUCUGUACCCUGGAGCACCCACCAACACACCUAUCUACAUUCUGAGCUGAUAAUGUCGAAAGCUCAUCCAACCAUCUCCAGGCAACUACUCCACAGCUGGCGAUGGGGAAACUGCUCUGCAGCCUCAGUAUAGAGGACUCUUCAUUAGGACGCCUCCCGGCCAGCAUACUGAUUACCUCUCAGACUGAGAUCUGAAAAAAAAAAUCUUCUCCCUCUUCGUUCUCUCUGCCCGGUGGCCUUGACCUCCUGCUGUUCCCUCAUCUCAGCCCAAAUCAGCCCGCUGCACACCUGAUGGGACUUUCAAUAUGCUAGCCAGGUUCAGAUAGCAGAAAUAGAGUUGUCUCCCUGUAAACCCUCCAUCUGCUCUCGCUGUGGCAGAUUUGAUGCAUAUUUCAGACAGAGCGUCUACGCAGUUACCGGGCCUAUCUCACAUUGUUGAGUUCAGGUCACAAUACCAAGUUCAAAGAUGUGAUUCAGACGUGGUGUUUUCCCUCCACAGAAUUCACAACAGGAAGCAGCCUCAAUGCUUCCUUGGUUUCCCUUCAGGUUUAAGCGCCAUCUGGUCCUUAUUGAGCAGCUACUGUGCACAUGCAUGUAUGAUGUUGACUGCUGUCACCCAAGUCAACAUGAGCCUGGGCUGCCGUGUUUAUAGUAACCAUGGGCAUGCAGAAGAAGUAGUGGUAUAUUCAAACAGUAAGACUGGAUCUGGGUAUGAGCUGUAAACAGUAUCACGGUCUUUGAUUUGCUGUUGUCAGAGAGACGGUGUAAAGUCGGCCUACAGCUCUGCGGAUUCUGCUGCAGCUGCUCGCACACAUACAGUCCUGUGCUCAAGAAUAAGGCUCUGCUCCAGGAAAUUUACACAAGACAGAUGAGAUCCUGAGCUAGAAGUGAAGGAUGACCUCUGUACGGAGAAAACUGUUGAGAAACAAGUCGUUUUAUCAGCAGUUAUUUGUAGGAAAGUGGGGGAGAGGGUUUGUCUUCAGCUGUAUUUUGUUACUCUCUCGGUCUGUGUUGAGGCUGAAACAAACAGGAGUGUCCCAGAGGAAAAAUCUGGAUGAAUUAUGAUGUACAAGAUAAUACUCUGACUAAUCAGAUGAGAUGAGAUCACUUUAAUUAGUACAGUCAACACCUGCAUGUUUAGAUCCUCAUUGCAAACUCAUUAUUGUCAUGCUGUCCAUGUACUUAGUUGACCUAACAAAUGACGAUUCUAACUGCUUCAGUUACACGUAGCAUUGAAAAUCAUAUAGUGAGGUCUUCUUUUUAUCAGCAAAUAAUGAACCUUUCCAGUUAGUAAGCCCCGUAUACGUUCUCAAACUAUAAGGGAUGCUGGCUGUUGAACUGUGCACAACUAACAAUCCAAGCGACCAUCUGUAAUGGACUCAGGCCCAGCAGAGGUGAAACCGGUGUUUUCAGAGAAUAUUUAUUCAUAGUUUCCUCUUCCAUGCCUAACGUGCAAAUGUGAUUUUAAGCCAAUGAAGUGAUUUCCACUUUAGAGUCAUGUCUGUUUUUAAUGCCAUGCAGCCUGAGGUCCAAAAGAUCACCCAACUGAAGGAGAGAAAAGCCUUGAAUCUUAACAGCCAAAAAACAGCAGCAGUUGUUUGAUUAGGAUUUCUGCCAAAAAGACUUUAAAUUGACUUCUUUAUUGAUUAUAUCAAAAGAAUUGGCUCUAAAACUUAUUUUGGAUUUUAAAUAUAUGCAAAUCAAUUAACUUAUUUGAACCCUGACAGGCUGUUUAUAUACCUUGCACUAAACUUUUCUGCUUAUGCUGAUGCUGUUAAUGGUAAAGAGCAAAGGUCAGUCUGUAAGUUUUGGUGGUAGAGCCGAAAGCCCAGCAGCGAUGUCCGUCCUUUCCUUGCCAGCUUUUGACUGGGAAACUUUCCAAGUUCGAUGUUGAGGCAGUGUUGCACCACAUUUCAGAUUGACUGAUGCCACUGGUAUAGCUGUCAUAAAAUUGACAUAAAAAAAUUCAUUCCCCUGCUGCUUCAAAGGAUUUGGUCAUAAUUUAUUAUUCACUCCCCCUGUACCAAAGCUGUCACAGAUGCCCUUGAUCUUAGACAGAUUUUCAGACUGAAUAAAUUCCCUCUAACUGAGGACUUUGCAAAGACAUCUAACUCCGUAACUAAAGGGUUUAUGCGAGCCAAAGGUAUUCGCAGGACUCAUUUGUAUUUCGAAGCAAUUUUCCCCUGUUGAUCCUUUAAGACAGAUUUGAAUGCUGCAAUUAGAUAUUGUUUUCUGUGAUUUUUUUGUCAUUGUUGUCCUCCCUCAAAUAAAACAGAUGUAGCCUAUUUAUUUAAGCCAAGACUAGAAGGAGGACACUGCAUGGUGCAUUGUUGAUAUCUGUUGGCUCUGAGCACUCAUUUCCCAUGUUUCCUUCAGGAUUGCUGUAUUUUUGUCAUUAUUUCAAGAGCACACAAUCAUGAAUACUCCGAACAAAGCCUCCAUUAUUAGGCAUAGAUGAGUUUAAUUACCACCAAAUGCAAUCUGUAAUUUUUCAUCUUUCUGUGUCCCAUGCAGAGCCAAACAAGACAUUGUGUGUUACUAUGGAAACAGAGGCAGCCCUGAACCCAUCCAUCUCAAACCAGGUCCGUGCUUUUAAUGUGGUUGCUGUAGAAACUGUUCAUUUCACAUUUACCUCUCCUUUUGGCCUUUGGCCUGCUCUGGUAAGCGUGACAUUUUGAUGUUGAUUUUGCUCUCAGAUUGUCUCUUUAUUGGAAGAUGUAACACAAGGUCAGUGACAGAGAUUACGAGCUUAUAUAUUCUUCAUGUGCCCCUUAGCAGGAGUGUACGGCUUGAGUAAUUCACUGCUGGACACUCCGUGGAAGAAACUGCUGCUGGGAAAGCGACACUUCACCAGCGUCGUUGAGGACCAGUCCCUGUCCUGCGACGGGCUGGUGCAAGAGCUGCUCAAUGUCCUAAACAAUGAGGAACCGUGAGUGACGAGCAUACAACAAGAAUUUUAUCAGUGUACAGUUAUCAGCUGUUUCUGAUGAUUGAGAGGUUUGUCUUAAAUUGCUUGAAUACCAUAAAGUUGCCAAACUGUUAAGCUGCAUGUUUAUGGUCGGUUUAGUAUAAUUUAGUUGUGUCAGCUUACCUAUGUUGUUUCUACAUGAUAACAGUGUGACUUUAAAUUAUGACACUGUUUGUAACGUAAGACGAGAUAAGAUAUGAGGAACAGUGCCACCUAUGUCAGUACUUAACCAUCAAGACGCUGCACCAUCCAGAAGUGGAGGUAAAACUGCUGAAAGUGCUAUCUUUAGCUUCUCAUUGUUAUACGGACACGUUUCCUAAUUAUAAACUGAACUGUUAUAUUAACUCCAUAAUGUCAAACCCUUUCUUUAAUAGAGAGACGGUGCAUCUCUGACUUUGCAAGUUUCCUAUCACGGAUUCACUUUGCCCUCUAUACCCAAACAUGUAGAUAGAUCACCGGGUCGAUAAUGAGAUCAAGCAGAUGGAGAUCCGUCUAAAAUCUGUUCAGUGAGCAGCGGGGAUUUGUUUAGUUGAGUCCUCUAGAGCUGAUUUUAGUCCCCAAAGCUGUGUUUCUUAGCAGUGGGGGGAGAGAAGGGAAAAAGGGUCAACUUUGCAAAACUUAUUUUUUGAGCACCUGAAAGCUCAGAGCUGUGACAGAAAGGGGCGCAGGAGACGUGACCUAACUUCAAUGAGUCCUCCACUAUUGCUCAUCAACUUUCAGCCCUUCUGUAGAAACUUUAAAACAAGCUGUUGUUUAUGUAUGAAAAAAAACUUCAGCCUGACAGCCUGUUUUAUAUUGUGCCUGAGACAUUUUCAGAAACAGAUGUCAGAGAAAGUUUGAAAACAAGCCUUUUGAGGUUGACUCUAAAAUUUAAGAAAGGAGCAAAGAAAGUUGAUGACUCAUUUGUCGAGGUGUUGUAGAUUUGAUGGAUCAGCUGUUUUGAAGAUAAAACAGAAGAAGUAUGAGUUGAUACACAAUCACUUGGAUUUAAAACUUCUGUUGACUUUCCUAACAGGAACACACCUGAUCCAGCUCAGGAGAGCCAGGGUGAAUACUACACCAAGUCCAUGAUCCAGGCUCUGUCAGCGGUGUGUGUUCGCUCCCCUCAUUACGGUACAAGGUCAGUGUCCUCCACCCACAGCAAAUCUCUACCCUCUGUCCCUCGUGUUUGUUUCCACCUGAGGUGACUGACAGGUCGGCAGGAUCUUGAAAGAACUGAGAAAUGUUGGUAGAGGGGAAUCUCCAGGGUAAGCAGUCCUUCACAGCAGGUUAAUGAAUGGGAUUGUCUGCACUUAAUGCAGCACUAGAUUAGUGGACACAGAGACUGUCCUGUUGCCAAACGGUCAGAAGGGUCAGUCUUUGACGGAGUGCUUUGCUCAUGCUUGAUUCAGGCGUUUGCUCUACAAUAACAAUUGAUAUAUUCUACAUGGAAAAUGUUGAAGUAAACAUUAUAUAGUGGCUUUGCUGGUAAUCUGAUGACAGUUCUUGAUCUCUAUAAAGUGAAGUCUGUAUGCAAAUGCAGCUUAUGAACCAUUGUAAAUAAAAGAAAAUUGACAGUAAUAACAAAUCUGCUCGACUACUCUGUGUCUGGAAAGCCAAUACUUUAUCAAACUUUUAAGGUCUGUUAUUUGAAAUUGAAUCAAUCAGUGCAUAAGGAAGGUCAGGUUUAUACUGCCCAAGUAAGCCAGAAUGGAGCCUCUAUGUAACUCUGAAGCUAGGAUUCCCCAGGCUUGUCCCUCCAGGAUGUAAUGAACCAAGAAGUGAUGGCAUCUAUUUUGCAGACCUACCUGAACACAUAGAUCAGAUAUGCAUCACUAGAAAAAUGUCUUAGCUGUCAGUCAGAUAUAAAUUUCUGCCAUCUACAGAAAUACAUGGAUCGCCUCUGUGAUUUUGCUGAUGAGAUUUUUGAUUAGUUAUCCACCUCAGACAGGAAAAUAUGACUUCAGAAAUCACAUUAUUAUCUUGGGUUCAACCUGACGCCUAUCUAUGUCCUCUGAUUUCUCAUUUCAAAACGGUUUUGUCAUGAUUGCUUGUUUUCUGUUCCCCCUGUUCAUUUAGGACCAAUACAGUUAUCCUGAUCGACGCAGAAGGCAAUGUAACCUUCACGGAGCGCACCAUGCUCGACUGUGACACAACCAAAUGGAGCACCAAUUCCUUUCAGUUUAAACUGCAGGACUGAAGACAUGAUGAAGAAAAUCCACUCUGUGCCUUUCUGCAUCACAUUUCCUCUCAAACAGCCUCCCUCUGCUCCCUCUUCAUCCUUCUCCUCCUCCUCCUCUUCCAGCUGCACUUCACUGAAGCAGCAACAUGAGCAUGAGGACUCGUCUGCACUUUCCUUCAGCUAGUCAGAACUAGCUGCCUCAUUAGCAUCUGUUUUCUUAUUCCUCAUUGAAGUUAAGAUGCAUCUUUUGAAAAUGUGUGCUAAUUUAAAAGAUUGCCAAAGACUAUUUAUGAUUUUGUAGUGGAAAAUAUUUUACCUACAUGUCACCACACAGCAGGGCUGGGUUGCUUUAAAAAGGUCAAAUCACCAUUUGCUACAAUGCAAAAGAUUAUUUUACUGCAGUCUGAUUUAUUCUUGUAACAUGAUUUCCUUUUUAAUGAAACAUAGUGAUUAAAACGUUUUUUUAAUGUUAAAAUCCUGCAAAUUUUUUUUCACAAUAAAAACAAAAUGGGUAAUAUCCACUCUCAAGGUAAAAGGUAGCAUGUAAUCUUAUUUAAUUUUCUCAGUGAUCAUCAAAAGUAAGAUAACUGCCUUUUUUUACUGCAAGCCAUAACUCUUUUCCUGUUAAUUUGGGACUUUUUUGGCCCAACCCUGCACUGCAGUAGCCUCAGUAUUGGUGUAAGCAGAUAUGUCAGUGUUAAAUGAUCAUGGAUUUGGACACUGGAUCGGUGGCAGCAUUCAUGGUGGAAUUUUCUUGGCUGCAAGACAAUAAAAACAGUUCAUUUAAACACCCAUA